AUGCCUGGUGGAAGACACCAAGGGAGCAGCGGUCGAGGAGGCCGUGGCGGAAGGUCUAUCCAGCAGACCAGUCAAGGGUCUCAAGGAAAGAAGACCGAACAAAAGAAACAGUACCAUCCUCACAAUCCUGAAUUUACUCAUGGUCAGGUGACGGUGUACUUGCUUGAGGCAAUUGCACUCAAGAGUCUGGACUACGCUCAAGAUGCAAUCGCGAGUGUACGAAAUAUGGCCCAUGUGGACUUUGAUGCUCUAAGAGACAGUCAAACGGUCUACAAGCCAGGAAAGAACAAUACUGAGUUCCACAAGAACACGAGGCAAGCUCAAAUUGAUAGGAACUGGGAAAAUCUUAAUAACAAGAUUGACAAAAGAGAAGUGAUCUACAACAGAAAUAAAUAUACUGUUGCUGCAAUCAUCACCAAGCAUUUCAUCACAUCGGCGAUGAGAGAUAAAUUGAGCAAUGAAACUGAUUGGUUAGACCUCCAAGAAGAUCACGUGAAACUGUUGAAGCGUAUGAAGACGUUCAUGACUGUCACAGAUGAGACUGAGUGGCAACACUUUGGACUCAUGGAAUCUCUCAAGAGAUUCACAAAUUGCAUUCAGAAGAAAAAUGAGUCUGUGAAUGAUUACAGAAGACAGUUUGAGGCCCAAGCUGAUCAAGUAUUCGAAAUCCUUGGGACUGAUGUGUUGCAUGUCUAUGCGACUAAGACAAUGGGGUACCUGGACUUGUACGAUCCGGAGGACGAUCCGGACGAUACCAAGACGCUCCAAGACUCGUUCAAGAAAGAUGUUCUAGAAGCAUUUAAAGCAAGUGCAUUCUUUUACAACUGUGACAGGUCUCGCUUCCAAAGCAUGUUGGACAAAGCGAAUCAGACCUACGCCAUGGGAUUCAAGGACUACGAUCAGAGAAAUGAAUAUCCGACUACAAUUGAUCAGGUUGCAAAAGCGCUGAUCAAACAUAAACCGGACAACCGCAAGAAAGGUCCAACGACACCGAGACCUACUCCAAGAACGGACACUGCAAGAAGCACUAACCCUGAUGGAGUGAGCAACGCGCAAGCGACUGCUCAAACGACCUCUUCGCGAGCAGCCUUUACGGAAUGGAACGACCCAGGACGAUACAGUGACCCAUCUGCUACUACUACUACUACUACUACUACUACUACUACUACUACUACUACUACUACUACUACUACUACUACUACUACUACUACUACUACUACUACUUCGAGACGAGCGGGGAGAGCUAAUCUCCAAGUCGCUGCGGCUGCAUCUGCGGCGCAGUUGGAUGCCGCGUCGAGUGUUACAGGACCGCAAUCAACUGGUCAACAACAUCGAAGCCAUAUGCAACGAGGUGUUGUUGAAAGGAGUGGUGCUGGUGCCACGGAUAUACCCGGCUCUUAUGCGGUACGAGGCAGAUCUGUUGCUAAUGAACGAUCUAAUGGUAGAAUUACAGGAUGGAACCUUGCACAGGUACGUGUAAGACCGAUUCUGAAGAAGAAAGCAAUCUCCACUGAAGACAGAGGAGAGAUGCUAAUGAAGAAAUGGCAAGCCCAACUAGAAGCUGCCAGUACUUUCAAGGACGAUGACAGCAUGGUCAGCGAUGGAAGCGUGAACAUGCAGAUCUACAAGUCGACCUCGAAGAUGGAUUCAUUGAAACACUGUUCUCAAUGGACCAAAGAUAACAAGAAACCUUUCAAGACCAAUGGAAGUCCAUAG